AUGGCGUUCAAGCGUGCAUCAACAGGGCGCAGAACCAACUUGACGUUCCACCGGUGCGCAACCCACGUGUCUGAUUUCUGCUCGGGCGCAUGUUUGUUCAUCUUUCACUGCACAGGCUACAUCGGCGGCUUCGUGCUCACGCGUUUCCUGCUGCACCCUAAGCGUGCCAAUUUCGACGUCGUCACGCGCAAGCUCGAGGAGAUGUUCGGCUUGCGUACCGUGAUAGGCUCGUUGGACGAUGCGGGGAGACCGGUGGAGCUGGCGAGUGGGGCGAACGUGGUCAUCGCUUGUGCGGACGCGGAUAACCUGCCUGCAUGGCAGGCAAUGUUGAAGGGUAUGACGCAAAGGUACCAGGAGAUGGGCGAAGUCCUUGUUCUCAUCCAUACCCCGCACCGGAACGUGGACCUUGCGGCGCUGGAUGCUGAAGGGCAGGGAUCGGUCUUCGGGUUGGUUGCUUACUGUACGUUGGUCGAUGCGGGGUUGAUGGAGCGGCACUCGCAGCAGAUCCCGCAGCCCAUCAAUGCAAGCCUUGAUUGCGGCCAGACGGGUACCGUCGGCAAGGGCAAGAACUUCUGGCCAAACGUCAACACUGAUGAAGUGGCGGAUCUGUAUCUGAUCAUCCUUGACCAUUUCAUGGCUGGCAAGCUCAUCGGACACGGGCGGGAGGGAUUCUACAUUGGCGAGAAUGGAGAGCACAUGUUGUACGAUAUCAGCAAGGCGACUGGAGAGGCGAUGAUGGAGCUCGGAAAGCUAGAUAAGUAUUUUGGCGGGUCUGACUUUCUGGGCUCGAACGUAUGCUGUCGGGCGGAGCGAUCGCGCUCGAUCGAGUGGAAGCCGGUGAAGACGACGCUGGCGAGUAUCAAGCAGGAGAUGCAGGCGAUGAUUGAGCACCCUGAAGGGGUCAAAUCGACGUAGGAGGUUGAUGAUAGACAAUGGAGAUGAUCAGCGUUGCAUGAUACCCAGAGGACAUCUGCUAAUCAC